ACACUUUUAAGUGUCAAACAUACAAUUUUCUCAAAACGAAACCCUCCCAUCUCGCCCUUCUCCACCGCCGCAGAAGGCAGCAGCAGCCAUGGCGCCGGUGGAUCCCCACUCCUACACCGACGGCGCGCAUCCGGUGGUCUCGCACGCCGCGCUCGCCUUCUACCUCGACUUCACCGCCUCCACCAUCCACGCCUCCGCGCUGCUGACCCUCUCCGCGCCGCAUUCCGGCGAUCUCCUCCUCGACACCCGCGCCCUCGCCGUCCACUCCGCCUCCACCGCCUCUGACCCGCCAGAUCCCAUCCUCUUCUCCCUCGCCACCGCCCCGGACCCCGUCCUCGGCUCCGCCCUCACGCUCACCCUGCCCCCGGACACCUCCUCCUUCCGGCUCACCUUCUCCACCUCCCCCGCCGCCUCCGCGCUGCAGUGGCUGGCCCCGCCGCAGACCGUCUCCGCCCAGCCCUUCGUCUUCUCGCAGUGCCAAUCCAUCCACGCCCGCUCCAUCUUCCCCUGCCACGACACCCCCGCCGCGCGCAUCACCUUCUCCCUCCUCCUCAACGUUCCCGCCCAGCUCUCCGCCGUCGCCGCCGCGCGCCACGUCACCCGCCGGGAUGCGCUUCCCUCCGACCACCGCGGCGCGUGCGACGACGCGCUGUGGUGCGCGCCGGGCCGCAUCGUCGAGGAGUUCCAGAUGGAGCAGUCCGUGCCGCCCUACCUCUUCGCGUUCGCCGCCGGUGGGAUCGGGUUCAGGGACCUCGGGCCGAGGACGAGGGUGUACGCCGAGGGAGGGGACAAGGUUCUGGACGAGGCGGCGAGGGAGUUCGCCGGGGUGGAGGAGAUGGUCAAGGUCGGGGAGGCGCUGUUUGGGCCAUAUGAAUGGGAGAGGUUUGAUCUGCUUGUGCUGCCACCGAGUUUUCCCUACGGAGGCAUGGAGAACCCCAGGAUGGUGUUCCUCACUCCGACAGUGAUCAAGGGGGACGCUGCAGGUGCGCAGGUUGUGGCGCAUGAACUCGCGCAUAGCUGGACCGGCAAUCUGAUUACCAACAAAACCAAUGAAGAUUUCUGGCUAAAUGAGGGAUUCACAACAUAUGCUGAGAGGAGGAUUGUUGAGGUUGUCCAAGGGGAGGAGCGGGCGGCCUUGAACAUGGGAAUUGGAUGGAGGGGGUUGAACAGAAUGAUGGAGAGGUUUAAGGAUAACAUGGAGUUCACCAAGUUGAAGCCGAAUAUGGUAGGGAUUGACCCUGAUGAUGUGUAUUCUCAAGUGCCCUACGAGAAAGGGUUCCAGUUUCUUUGGCGCAUCGAGCGUGAGGUUGGUCGACCUGCAUUUGACGAGUUCAUAAAGAAGUACAUUGCCACGUUCAAGUUCCAAUCGAUUGACACAGAGACAUUUCUUGAAUUCCUGAAAACCAACAUACCUGAGAUAGAAAACAAAAUUGACCUUCGCCUGUGGGUUGAAGGGACCGGUAUCCCCCCUGAUGCCAUGGAACCAGAUUCCGCUAUUUACAGAAAAAUCUGCUCCUUAGCUGCAGAGUUCAAGUCUGGGAAACUUCCAAGUGAAGAUGAGGUGGCAGACUGGAGUGGGCAGGAAUGGGAGCUUUACUUGGAAAAUCUUCCUAUAGAUGUUGAAGCCUCACAGGUUACUGCUCUUGAUGAACGGUACAAGCUAUCGGAAAGCCUUGACUACGAGAUCAAAGUUGGGUUCCUCCAGCUGGCGAUCCCCACUGGGUGCAAGUGCUACUUCAACGAGGUUGAGAAAUGCUUGAAGCAAGUGGGAAGGAUGAAGUACCUCCGCCCGCUCUACAGCUCACUGGCCAAGUGCUCCGGCGAGGAGAAGAUGCUGGCGCAGAGGAUCUUCUCGGAGGCUCAAGAGUUUUACCACCCAAUAGCUCGCAGUGUUGCGGAGAGCAUUUUGUCGAAGCAUAGCUGAGACUGUUGUUUAGUGAAUCCAUGGCCCGUUUCAUGGUUGGGAGCAACAGAAUAUCCGCUGUUUGCUCGGUUGCUUAUUUUGCAUAAUAUUAUCGCCCGUCCUGGAGCUAACUUAUGGAAAACUGGAGACUCAAAACUGUAUCAGAGCCGUAUUACCCCGACAAUAUAUCUUUUGAGAUUGCUCAUGCCUAA